UCUGAAUAAAAAAAACGUAGAACUGCAAUAGCAUUGAGUGUCCACUCUGUACUAGUAUUUUAUUUACUCUAUGCUAAAAACAGUAAAUAACAUGUUUGAAAGCAGCGUGUAAUAGUUAAAUGGAAUUUUUUCAAUCGAAUGUUUCAGGAAAAGUAAAGUAAAUAAUGGACUCAUUAUUUGUGAUUGAUACGGGAGGCUCUAAAAAGAAGAAAAAGAAAGAAGUUGAAGCUAAUUCUGCUGAAAUUCGAUAUCGAAAGGAUAUUAGUAAAAUCAACCUAACAGAAGGAAUAUAUUUUGGAAAUAAUUCAGAAAAGAGUGAAAAACAAUCAUGGGAAAGCCUAGGUACCUUAGAUAUGUCUAUAGAUAGAAGCAUAUUUAGAAAAAAUAAUCCUUUCCAUUUGGAUAAGAAUAGCAAUUCAGUUGAUGAGAUAAUGAAGAAAAGCGUGAUAACACCCGGCUUGGAAAAAUGUGAAGCAGUUCCGAUGGCAGAAACCAGCAAGAGGAAACUGAGCAAGUUACGCAAGUUGGAGCGAGAACGUACAAAGGGCUCGAAGUGGUUCAACAUGCCAGCUCCGGAGAUGACUGAAGAGUUGAAACACGACUUGCAGGUGCUACAGAUGAGGUCGGUGCUGGAUCCUAAACACUUCUACAAGAAGAAUGACCUAAAAGUUCUCCCAAAAUACUUCCAGGUCGGAAAGGUAAUAGAAGCACCAGCGGACUUUUAUCACAGUCGUGUGCCGAAGAAGAUGCGAAAGAAGACAAUAGUAGAAGAGUUGCUUGCAGAUGCAGAGUUCCAGAAAUACAACAAGAAGCGGUAUAAAGAGAUUAUUGAGCAGCGAAGGAAAACACAUUUCAAGGCUCACAAACAAGCCAAAAAACUGAAAAGAAAGAAAAAGAGACAUUAAAAAAUUGUGAAUUUUUUGAAUGCUUAUUAUGGGAAUGAGCAGAAUAUAGGGGAUUAGUUUUUACAAUGCACCAACUUUAAAUUAGUUGUAAAAAUAUAUUUGUUUCCAAUCUUGAAUGCUGAAAUAAAGUGAUGUGUUUGUUCUGUAAUAAAAUUGGGUAUACCAUU